AUGAAGUUUCAAAUAUUCCUGAUCUUUUUGGUGUUGUUGGCCGUUCAAAUCGCAUUGAUUUCAAGUGAAACCGAAGGUCAAAAAGCUGGCAAAGGUUUUCUCAUCGGAAACUUGAAGUUCUUGGCGUUGAAAAAUCCCGAUUUUGUGGAUUGGAAUUUCCAUGGAGUUACAGCCUCUGGAAAGUCUUUCGAUGGAGGUCAGUUUGAUAUAUAUAUAUCUGCGAAUCCUUUCUUUGAACUUUGCACGUAUUCAGAAGUCCAAUAAUUGAUUUCAGUUGACUUGAAGAAUUGGGUCUACUCACAAGCACCUGAAAAAGUUCGUCAACACUAUAUGGACUACCUCCGUAUCAGAGACGAAGAUGCUGAUUGGUCACCAGUUUGGAAAAACGUCAGAUGUGAAAUCAUCUACGAAAAUAGAGUCGAAGUGUUAUUCAGCGAAAAUGGAACAGUCUUUCUUGAACUUCAUGGAUCACCUAUAUAUGAUGCGACAGUUAAAGUUGAAGGCGGAUAUAAAUUGAGACAUAUGUAUUUUCGACCAUAA